AUGGAAGAACUAUGCAACUUCGAUAGUUUUUGGGGACAAAAAGCAGAUGCCACUGGAAAAAUGGGACUGCUUCCCGAACAAAAAAUGACAGGUGCCCUGAGAAUGCUUGCGUACGGUGCAGCUGCAGAUCAAUGUGAUGAGAUCACUAGGAUGGGGGCUUCUACAGCGCUGGAAUGUCUCAAGAAAUUUUGUAGACAAGUCGAGUUUCUUUAUGGUGGGUGGUUUCUUCGUCCUCCAAAUCUCGCUGAUUUAUAUAGGCUUCUCAACAGAAGACAACGCCAUGGGUUUCUAGGCAUGAUUGGGAGCAUCGGUUGCAUGCAUUGGGAGUGGAAGAAUUGCCCAACCGGCUGGGCUGGAGCUUUCUCGGGUCGAAAGGGUAGACCAACUAUUAUUCUUGAAGCAGUGGCGUCUUACGACACGCGUAUAUGGCACGCCUUCUUCGGAACCCCUGGAGCCCAAAAUGACCUAAAUGUUCUGGGUGCGUCUAAUGUGUUCGAGCGUGUCAUAGGUGGAACUGCUCCUCUGGUUGAGUUUGAAGUCAAUAACAAAAGAUUGUUUAAAUUGGAGGAUCUUCGAGCCAUUAUGAUAAGUUGUAUCAUUCUUUAUAACAUGAUUGUGGAUGAUGAGUUUGUUGAGGAAGAAUUUGUGGAGUCUCAAGAAGCUGAUCUAAUGAAUCCAACAAUGGCAACCGUCUAUGACCGGCCUGUGCAUCCCGAUACUGGAGCACCUAUUCCUUUCGAACCAGUAGGGAGAGAUGGACAAAAUUUUCCUGCAUUCAUGGAUCGUGAAUUUCAGGUAGAGUCAGCCUACCUCCACAAGUGCCUGCAAGAUGAUUUGGUGAUGCACAAUUGGAACAUGGAUGGUAACUGA